AUGGAAGAUACCGCAGACUUGACGGCAUCGGCCAUGGAAGUUGGUCCUAGCUCUGGCACAGGUUUAACUAAAAGUAGUACUACAGCAGAAAAAACUACACCAGAGGCUUUGAGGUCCCGAGAUGCAACGGUUCAAAGGGAGAAAUCCUCACUAGGUCCUCAAUAUGAUGAUAAAACCCUGAUGCCGCCUCCAUCUCUUCCUACGAAUGUGUCAAGAUCACAGUCCCCAGGAAAUAAACCGUCUCCUAGGCCUUCAAGGAUGCGAGUGUCCAAAAGUGCGAAAAAACCAAACCGCCCGAUGACUAUUCGAGAGUGGAGAGCGGCUGCUCGAAAGAGAAAGGCCGAGGGUGCCGUUAAAGAGAACAAGUCUCCACAAAAACUACCUGAACUCAUGCCGGAGCCGCCACCAAAGCCGAUGUCCCCGCCUCCUCUCCCAUUUCAAAAACCACGGAAGCACAAGCAAAGUCAGAGAAGCCAAAACAUGGGCAAUAACCCGCCUAAGCGGCCUCCUAAAAAUUUCACAAGCGGGUUAUUAAAUUCGGUAGACGUUCUUCUAACUCCAAAGGAAAAGGAACGAAUUGCUAUAAAGCAAAAACGAGGCCAAGAUUCUGAGAAAAACCGUGCUGUUUCUUGCGAGAAGUCUGGAUGGGGUGGUGGCAUAAAGGGUACCCCGUCUAGUGACAAUGGGCUGCGAGUAAUAAGGCCUAGCCCUGGGAUUUUUAUGGUCCCUCUUAUCAACAAGAGGAGGAAUGAUUUUACAAAAGCACCACCAGGAGCAGUACCUUUCAAUUUUGACAAAAUGGGGAUGCCAUAUGCUAGCUCAAUAAAUACACCAUACCCGAUUUAUCAAACUCCUGGGCCUUUCACAACCCAGAACAAUGGCUUUCCCCAGGCCAAGUUUGAUGGGAGCUUCCAGUCUUUCGAUACUCAAAACCUAGGGUUGAAUUCUCCAAGUCCGCCUUCCACGACUGGUCAUUUCCAACAUAACUUAGUGGCUACGUCGAAAGCCUCGGAUAAGUUCUAUUUGGAUGUUAUUGCCAGGGUAGGAGCGCCGAUUCAGUCUAAAAAUGGUUCAUCUGAGGCGGCUAUGGACGUUGACACAGACCCAGAGCCUACUUCGUCAAAGGAGAAUUCAACUGGUGCUAGCGUCACUGAGAGAAAUUCCUUUGGAUCUGAAAUAAACAUUGGUGCUGGAAUUGGUGGUAGGGCUAGUAAUUUGUCUACACCAGCUUCAGAAGAGACCGCAUACAUCAAUGACUUCGGAGUCCAACCUCCAGGUGCUUCCCAAACGAGUGGCGUACCGUCAACAAUGGGAAAUAAAAUCAUUAAUAGCGUGGACGGAGCGGAAGGAAUUAAAGUAAAUUCACAGGAAAACGGCGUUUCAGUAGAUAUAGAUGUCGACUCUGAAUUCGAAUUUGCGGGCAGCUUUACAGAGAUGCUAGAGGGGGCCGACACUUCUUUUUACCCAGUUGAAGAUGAAACUGCUACAAAACGAGAAAUUAAACCAACCCCCAAUUUUACAUCUACGCCAUCGGCUUCCAAGAUCGGGCCGAUUGAUAACUCGGUCAUUUCUCCCAUGAUAUCAGCGGGUACCUCCCCAGCUCAAAAUCUGCCCUUGGGUUUCAAAGGCCAUGUGGAUUCGCAAGCGGACCGAAGCACGAAUAAUGGUUUAGGGAACAUGAACCCUAUGAAUAUGGGCCCUGUGAACCGACUUGGGCCGGGACCUGAACUGAUAUACACACCCAGCGGGUUUCCUUCGAGAUACUCAACUCCCAUGAACAUAAACACGAACAUGAACAUGGGAUUGAACAUGGGAAUUAACUCGGAUCCACUAGAUUCCUUUUAUGGACAUAGUUUUGGGAAUGUAAACCCAAAUAGCCCCACGGCUCCCGGCAUGCCCUGGAGCUUCAACAAAAAUCCGGGGGCAUAUCUUAAUUUCCCCAAUGCAGUAGGAUCUCAGCCCUCACUUCAAGAGUUUGGCCUACCUAGGCCAGUUUUGUCAACCUCUCCACCAACAGAACCCCUCCCAAAAGACCUCUUUCACGACGACUACAUCGGAGAAGUCCCACCAGAUCUUGAGGAGUUCAAACCCCAGAGACUUUACAUCCCUUGGACUGCAUUCAAUCAAGACAAUCUUCAGGAUCUCAAGAAUAGAGUUGCUACACGGUCUUCCUUGGAGACUCAUAUUCCGCUGCCAAAUCAAUUGAAGGAUAAGUAUUGGGUAACUGAAGAUGAGAGGAGGCAAGCGGAUAGAAGAAGGCCUUUUGGAGGAAGCGAUAUGAAAGGUACAGAUCUGAAUCUUCGAGGAGUCCCCUUUACAAGAGGCCCAAUGAUUAGGGGGGGUAUGGUGAGAGAUGUCCCCGUGAGAGGGGGGCCCAUGCGAGGUGGUGUUAUUGAAGGCGUUCCCAUCCGAGGCAUCCCUACUAGGGCGGUAACUAGUAGGGGAAGGGCUAUCAGAGGAGUGAGUACCACAGGGGGGAGAGUUCUUCACGAAAUGGUGCCUUCCGGCCCAGUCGAAAGCCCAAAUACUCUAUUCAACAAUAGCGGCUCGCGUCAACUAGAGGAUCCACACACACCAUCGCCAUUACAAGGAUUAUACAGACCAAAACUAACACCUCGAAGUUUCAAAGAAUCGCCGAAAGAUCCAAUAUCGAUUCCGCUCCCGGCCCGAACAGAUGAAGACGAUAUAGCGAUGAUUUUCGAUGAUCCCGGCCAUCUCUUUGAAAACAGCGAUGAUGAAAGUGAUAAUGAAGGCGAAGACGAAAGCGAAAGUGAUGGUGAAAUUGACAGUGAAAAUGGUGAUAGUAACGAUGAUGAAGAUACUUAUAGCAGUGAUGACUGUGGUGCUGACAGUAGUGAUGAGGAAGAUGACUUUCCUAUGGAAGACGAUAAGAGGCAGAAAGAGGGAGACGGAGUCAUUGAAAUAAAUAGUGACAGUAGCAGUGAUGACGACCAGGAUGGCCUCGAAGAGGACGAUGAAGAUGACUACUUCGACGGUGGAUACGAUGAAGAUAGUGAUGGAUUUUCAUCGGAGGAUGAGCUAUCGAAACUCCGCGAGCGUUGCAAGAAAAACGGUAUUACAGAGGAUGAUAUCAAAGAGUUACUAUUGGCGCUCGAUGACAUGGAGGCAAAAUACCCCUUCGAACCAGAAGUCGACGCCGGUCUCUCCAAGUUAAUUGAACCCUUCCUGGAAGGAGCCGAAGAAAAAACUGAAACCGACGUCGUCCUCGAAGAAGCUAAAAAGAAGAAGAUAGCAGAGCUAUCUGAGCCACCGAAGUUUAUUGGACCAAUGCCGCAACUUGAAAUUCAGGGACAGAAAAAAAGAAUUAGUUUUCUAGACACUAACGAAGGGAAGCCUCAGAAAAAUACUCUACGCCCUCCACCACCGCCACCAGUGAGACAAGGUCCCAGACGAGUAAGCUUUCUGGAUAUAAAUAAACCAUCAUCUCCUGCACCAGGGAAUGGGGGUAAUAACAACGAAAUUGAAAAGCUUCCAAUGGUGACGAAAAGCCCCCUUGCUGGAUUCGUAGCACCAAAGGCAAAGAAAGCACCGGCGCCGAGGAGAGUAAACACACAAGCCCCAAAGAGUACUACCGGAAACGCCGCCACGUUGCCAGUUGUCCCUUCCCAGCAGCUUGUAUCUUCAGCAGCACCGAAAAAGGGAAGAGUUUCGUGGACAUUUCUGCAAGCCCAGAAACAAAAAGAGGCAGAUGAGGCAGCCGCAAGUCCGCCAGCAUCCCAGAGUCAACUCGCACAAGCUGGGGGAAGUUUGGCAAUGGAACUCAAUGAUACGGGAGGAAGCGAUAUUCCAGAAAAUCGAAAGAUCGAACUCGAUCUAGAAUACGGAAGCGAAACAUUGAUAGCCGACGAAAACCUCUUACAUUUCAAAUGUCCUUUGAUUUCAACAGUCCUAGAUUUUCAAAACGCAAUGUCGACCCAAGGGAACCGCGGCAGACCAAAGAGACUAUCACUUCCAAAGAUCAAACUAGCUGCUAUGGAAAUCAUCGUCGAUUGGAUGUAUACUGGUGUCUUCGCUCUUCCAUAUAAAUACCAUAGCGAUGAUACGACGAUCCCAGAAACCUUCUAUGCGGCGUGUUUACUCGGACUUAAGUGUCUCCCCAAACAAAUUUUUCGAGUCCUUGAGGAGGAUCUUCUUAAGGGUGAGGGGAAUGGGAAGAUUCAAAACAGAAAAAAGCUUUUUAAGGAACUCAGAAGGGUGCUUGAUAGAGUCUCGUACCCACAAACCCAGGUUGAUGUUGAUACAGAAGAGUUGGAUCGGAUUUAUCGAGCUUGUCUUUGGAACACUCGACUUCGUAUAGGCAAUAAUACUACGUGA